UUCAAAUCUCAAGAAAAAGUUGAGCAAGAACAAGAAGACAAUGGAUGGUCAGUUUUUCGGAAUGCGGAGCCAAAUUUUCCCGUCGCUGCCGAUCGUGCCAGAAGACGUGCCGGGAGAACGGGAGAAACUGGCGAAGAUCUGUCUUCGCGAGAUGAGGGAGAGUGUGCCGACGCUGGCAAACGUCAAGGAGAUGCCGUCGGCCUACGAAUUCGUAGUCGAUAUGCCUGGGGUCAAAUCUGGAGACAUCAAGGUUCAGGUCGAGGACGGCAAAAAGCUAACCAUUGUAGGUGAGCGUCGCCGGGACGAGGAUGACAAGGAAGGCGGCAAGUACCAUUGCUCAGAGCGCAGGAUGGGGAAAUUUAUGCGCAAGUUCUCUCUUCCCGACAACGCCAAUCUCGAAAACAUCACAGCCGUUUACCGCCACGGUAUUCUAACUGCUACAGUGCAGAAGCUACCGGAGGCUGAAUCUAAGUAUCCGAAGACAAUCGAGAUUAAGAUUGAUUGAAUCGAUCAGUACAUCUGAAAUUUCAGGGUUUGUUUAACUACGUUCUCGAAGUGUUGGUUGAUGUUUUGUGUUUUUGGUCUGAAUUUGAAUCGUCCUUAUCUGCUUUCAAUUCAAAUUGUUCUAUGCUUUCUUUAAAGGAUUUUUUGUGCGUUUAAUAAUUUGGUUUAAUUCCUAUGAUCUCUUCGUGUUGCU